ACUCCUUGUUGCUUUUGCAGAUCCAGACUAACACGGCUACCCCUCGGAUACUUGUCAAUAAGAAGUUACUCGGAAUAGAUAUUUUUUUAUUCGCUCCAGGCAUGCACAGGAUCAAGAAGGAAAGGGUUUUACUUGGAAGGAGCUUAAAUCAAUGUAAACAAGGGAGUCAUCCGUUUUGGAGCCAGGAACAGUCCCCUUUGGGGUGCUUUGUCUCCCCACGGGGACGUCAUCUGGCAGACACAGUUGUGGCUGGCAUUGCACACCUGCUCCUUAAGGGAGGAGCAUCAGCACAGAAUGCAGCAAACGGAUCUAAUGCAAAGACAGAACAGAAGAGAGGAGAAAACUUUAGGAAGGGUGAAAAAAGAAAUACAAGUACCUGGAUGGGAAAAUACUUCUGAAAGGAAAAAAGAUAUAAGUGAAUGAUCAUACAGUUCACCCUUGUUCAAGCAACAUGUCACGGCCAAUGAACAGAAGACAAGAUAAUCACAAAAUAGACUGGCAUUUACCAAGCAUCUCAUCCUCUGCCUCGGCACAUCACAUGAGCAGAGAACUCUUUGUGCUCACCUAUGGUGCUUUGGUAGCCCAGCUGUGUAAGGACUAUGAAAAGGAUGAAGAUGUGAACAAGUAUCUAGACAGAAUGGGAUAUGACAUUGGUAUAAGACUGAUCGAAGACUUUUUGGCUCGCUCUGCUAUGAGGAAGUGCCGUAGCUAUUCUGAAACUGUAGACGUGAUUGCACAGGUUGCUUUCAAGAUGUACCUUGGGAUUACCCCUAGCGUGAGCUGCAGUAACACAACAGAAAAUGAAUUCUUCUUAAUGCUGGACAACAACCCUUUGGUGGACUUUGUGGAAGAGCUCCCACCAGGACGAUCUUCACUUUGCUACUGUAAUCUCCUGUGUGGUGUUAUUAGAGGAGCCCUGGAAAUGGUUCACUUAGCGGCAGAAGUUACCUUCGUUCAAGACAGACUGAAGGGUGAUGAUGUGACAGAAAUAGGAAUUACAUUUCCAAAGAGGCUUGAAGUCAAAAAGCACAAAAGAAAUAAAUGAAGCUGAUAGAAGGAAUCAUCUCUAACUUACAGUUUGACCAUUUUUACCUGUUUAGGAAGAAAAACCUAUGGUGGCAAUGACUUCAUUGAUUCAGGUACAGUCACAUCUUAGAAUGAUAAUGACAACCAGAAUGUAUACACAAUAUGUAGAGUUGAUUUCUAUCACCACAUUGCAGAAUUCAGCAUACAAACUUAAACAGAUCCAAUCCUUUACUUCUUUCAUAGGCAAAAAUCCCAUUGAUUACACCAUAUGUCUACACUGGCAGCUUCUUGCGCAAGAACAGUCAUUC